ACACUAAUAGAACGUUUGUGUUUUGGUUUUGCAAUUUUGGGGGAGGAGAUUUUGUGAAAAUUGUGAGAAAAUUAAUAAAAUGUCACCAUGUGUGUCCAAUUGCACAUCAAACUUGGCCGCCUACACCUUCUUUGCGCGCUGCCACUCAGCUGAUACCUGCGGAACUAAUGGAUUGCCCCUGACACCAAAUUCCAUUUCAAUUUUUGGUCUGGCCCAAUUCUUGAAGAGUAUCAAUCAUCCCAAUCUCUGUGAAUUCAUCGAUAUAAUUCGCGGGAAACAUGAAAGAACAAUAAUUGUCUCGGAAUACGUGGGAGAGCCCCUAAGUGCGAGGCUCCCUCCAUCCCUUGACGCGACACAGCAGAUUUUUCAACAAAUUGUCGCUGGAUUGGAUCAUAUUCACAAGCAGGGAUUUGUUCAUCACAAUCUCGAACCGGAGAAUAUUCUCCUUGACUCCGAAAAUCGUCUCAAACUCUUCAACUUUGGGUUAUUUUACAUCACAAAUAGCGGAAGUUAUGUCUCCUUUCCCAUUGGGAAUGUUCGGUACAUGUCCCCAGAAAGGCUUCUGGGGAGUAAAAAUAAUAUAAAGAGCGAUGUGUGGAGCUUGGGAAUCAUUAUUGUUGAGCUGGUGUUUCACGUGACGCUGUGGAGUAAUUUAAAAAUAGCUCAGAUUAUCCGGAAAAUCCUUAGUCUCUGCAAUACGAAGAAUGUUCUUGAGAAAAUUGCCCGAGAGCAUAAAUUCUAUGAAAAGUACCAGGAGUUGCAGGAACCCCUGAGGAAUUUAUUGGAAUCCUGCCUGGCAAUAUCGGUGAAGGAGCGUCCAUUGCCUGGGGAGAUUCUCCAGCAUGAAAUUUUUGAGAAUAUCCCCGCGCUGAAGGCGCAAGAGAAGCCCAGUAAUUUGCUCCUGAGAUGCCCACUGAAGCAAAUCUACUAUCUGUGGCAAUUGGCUGGUGGAGAUGUUCAGGCGGAGCUGAAGAAAGAAGGCCUGAUUCGCACGGAAGCACCUAUUCUUGUCAUGCCGAGCGUAAUAUUGCUCAAUGGGAGGGUUUGUGGCUCUCCACGAAGUCAAAGUCAUCUCUUUGACAAUCGCAUUGUCCACCUGAGCCUUGUGAAUCUCACUGAGCGAUUGUCCAAGAUCAAUAAACUCGCCUACUACCCAUUAAUCCACACAAAUACAUCUCAUCUCUCCUUCUACCAGAAGAAGAAUAAGAAGGAGGAGUAUUUGCCACUGGUUAUAAGGGAGAAAGACAUUGAGUACCAAUUUCAUCGAGUUGUUUUGUUUAGGCGACUCCUCCAAGGGUAUCCCUUUACACGUGAUCUCAUUGUGGCUGAAGCUCAGAAGGAUAUUCCGCCAUUCCUUCGUGGGCAAGUGUGGGCUUGCAUCCUCGGCGUGCUGGACAACACGGAGUCCUAUGAGAAAGUUGAUAAAGCCACUCCAACAUCCACUGAUCGACAAAUUGAGGUGGAUAUUCCUCGAUGUCAUCAGUACGAUGAACUUCUUUCCUCACCAGUUGGGCAUAAAAAAUUAAAGAGACUCCUCAAGGCUUGGGUCACAUCUCACACACAGUACGUCUACUGGCAGGGCUUGGAUUCCCUCACAGCACCCUUUCUCUAUCUCAAUUUUAACAAUGAAGAACGAGCCUUCCUCAGCCUCUAUCGAUUCAUCCCCAAAUACCUUCAUUGGUUCUUCCUCAAGGACAACUCAGCCAUUAUCAAGGAGUACCUCAGCAAAUUCUCUCAACUGACGAUAUUUCACGAACCAGUCCUGGCUAAACAUCUCGCCACAAUUAGCUUCAUCCCCGAACUCUUUGCAAUUCCGUGGUUCCUCACAAUGUUCUCACAUGUUUUCCCACUUCACAAGAUUAUCCAUUUGUGGGAUAAACUCAUGCUGGGCGAUCAUUCCUAUCCCCUUUUUAUUGGGAUUUCCGUCCUGAAGCAACUCAAAAGUACCCUCCUUGCGUCCGGAUUCAAUGAGUGCAUCCUCCUCUUUUCUGACCUUCCGGACAUUGUCAUGGAGACGUGUGUGAUUGAUUCACAGAAACUCUACAUGUCCACACCGAAAAGUCUCGCCUACAGGAAGUAUGUGCUGCAUGAGAAGGAUCCGGGGCAAUUUGAUGUGCAAGAUAUUGAGCUGGAGGAUCUCAAGAGGGAGAUGUGUCCACGUAUAAGUGCCAAUGAUCUUGUACAUCUUCAUCUCAAUGAGCCAGAUCGUUUGGCUGUUCUUGACCUCAGGAAUGCCGUUGAUUUCCGUCGAGCCCAUCUGCCCCGUAGCAUUAACAUUCCCUUCACAUCUGUCCUCCUUGGGGAUACACGACUCAGUGCUCUUGGGGUGCCCAAUCUCGAUGCUCUUCUCACCAAUCGUGUGGUGGUCAUUGUGAGCUCUGUGCAUGAGAAUGCAAUCUUGGUGAGUCUUGGAAUUUUACAGCAAAAAGGGGCAAUUAAUUCAAAUUUUUCUUUCCUUGAAAAAAAAAUCAGUUUUCCAAUUUUCUCGUGGAUUGUGGCAUCAGCGGUGUGUGUCUCCUUCAUCGUGGCUUCAACAUUUUGCAUUCCUUCUGCCCGAAUGUACUGGAAACGUCCCAGUAAAUUGGAAUAAGUGGGUGCGGUGGUGCAUUGUUGCUGAAUUAAAGCCACAAAACAUCGGCCAUCACCUAGUUUUCUUUUGCACAGAGUGCAACACGUGCAAUGGGAAGGAAUGCAGAAGUAUGAUUCCCAAUAAAAAAUCUAUGCUCAUUUUAAA